AUGGUUGCCUUUGGUGUGAAUGACUUACGAGAGGAGGAAAUUCUGGUUGCCCCUCCCAAAGCGGGCGAGGUCCGCGUUAAGGUGAUCUGCAAUGCCCUUUGCCACACUGACAUCUAUACGCUCAGUGGUCAGGAUCCAGAAGGCCUUUUCCCCUCCAUCCUUGGCCACGAGGCUGGAGCCAUUGUUGAGUCCGUCGGUGAGGGUGUGCAGUCCGUGAAACCUGGUGACCACAUCGUGCCUGGAUAUACGCCACAGUGCAAGGGCUCCGACUGCAUCUUCUGCAUGAGCCCCAAGACCAACCUGUGCCCCAAGAUCCGCGGCACGCAGGGCAAGGGAGUCAUGCCUGAUGGCACAUCCAGGUUUACCCUCAAGAAGGAUGGCACGACUUUGUAUCACUUCAUGGGCUGCUCGACGUUUGCCGAGUACACAGUACUCGCAGAAAUCUCCUGCGCGAAAAUCAAUCCAGAAGCAGACCUGGAGAAGAUGUGUCUUUUCGGCUGCGGCAUUGCGACUGGAUUGGGCGCCGUGUGGAACAGUGCCAAGGUUGAGCCUUUCUCGACAGUGGUCGUCUUCGGCUUGGGAGCUGUCGGUCUGGCAGUUGUUCAAGGCGCCAAAGCCUUGAACUGCACAAAGAUUGUUGGAGUCGACACGAACCCGAAGAAGUUCGAGAUUGCCAAGCAGUUGGGCUGCACGGACUGCGUGAACCCGAAGGACUAUGAUAAGCCAAUUCAGCAGGUCCUGGUUGAGAUGAGCCCGACAAAGUUUGGCUACGACUACACGUUCGACUGCACUGGCAACGUUGAUGUCAUGCGAGCUUGCUUGGAGGCCUCCCACAGAGGGUGGGGGCAGAGCUGUGUGAUCGGCGUAGCAGCUUCCGGCAAGGAGCUUGCAACACGACCCUUCCAGCUGGUCACUGGACGCCGUUGGCUGGGCACCGCCUUUGGUGGCUGGAAGACUCGGGACGCCAUUCCCAUGCUCGUGGACAAGGCGAUGAAGGGCGAGAUUGCGCUCGAUCACUUCAUCACUCACAGAUUUGAAGGUAUGGCAGGUCAGAAGCAAGCUAUCGAGGCUUUGCACAGCGGCGAUUGCUUGAGGGCUGUGGUUCGGUAUGCGCCGUACACGCCCCCACCCCGAAAGUGA